AUGUAUUACUCGAAAGACCUACCUCAGUUUGAAAGGUAUUUGUUGCUCACAGUUUAUUGUUUCAUCAACGAUUCGAAUUGGAACCAUUUCUUUCUUUGCUUGUUCUUUCACUUCUUCACUUUUGUUGUUACAGUCAUUUCAUGGCCUCAAACCUCCUGAAAAUGCUUCGAGCCCUCCCACUUUGUCCCUUUCUCCUCAUGUUCUCAACGGGUCGAUUCUCCGUUUUUCUCAAAGACAGUCUCUUCUGUCCGUCCAUUUCUCCAUCAUUCCGUGGAUCUCUUGUCAUAGUCAGUUGCCAAUCGUUUAGUCAAUCACUAACUCUUUCCCACAUCAGUAUCAUGUUGAAGGUCGUGUGAUAAGCCCCUAA